CGAGGAUUAUGUUUCGGUCAGUCCUACAUUUCCCAUGAGCCUCUUUUUUGGAAACGUCAUCUUUCCUCGUCAGCCUGAAGCUAACUGGGGAAUCAGGAAAGCGUCAAAGAUUUAUAAUUCUUAAGAGUCCGCUAAUAGAUACGAACAGACGUCUAUGGAUAAAACACCUCUGAGAAAAACAUUAGAUGAUGAAACUCCUGAGCAAAGCUGUCCCAGUGUUGGCAAGCCAAUGAGUGCUGCGCUGAAGGACAGAUUAAAAAGAGCACGGCGUUGUUUUACACCCCCACUCAGCGUGGUUAAAAGACUUAAAAUCGAUGAGGACGAGUUCCCACAGGCUUCAAACAAGGAGAUGACCCCGGGGGACGAAGGUGUAAUUGAUGUCAACAGAAAUGAGUCUGGAAGAGACUGUCUGAAGAGCUUGGGGUCAGAUUGUCCUCAGCGCUCUCAAUGUGAAUUAUUACAGCUUCGAGAGAAGUUAAAGAGAGAUUUCAAGGAGAAAUCUGAAACUUUACGAAGGCUUAAGAUGGUCAAAAUGUACAGGAAGAAGAAUGAUCUGACACAACUGCAAGGACUGACAGAUAAAUGGAGGCAAUGUGCUCAAGCAGCUUUGUAUGAAUUACAAACAGAAUUGCCUACAGAUGGCCAGACGCCCAGUCUCUCCCAGCUCAUUGACCAUUUUGGACUGGAGGACAGUAUACUUCACUUCAACAGGACAGAGGAGGAAUUCACUGACAGCUGAUAUGACUUUAUUGUUUUUAUGUUAUUCAUAAUCAGCAGUCAGGCGUUUGGAUCGAUGUCUUUGAAGUGUUUAAAUCCACCAGAUUGACAGUGCAGGAAGAAAAUAAUGGUCACAGAUUGUUCUUUUGUUUGAAAGAAAUAACUCUGUAUUUCUAAAAUUACAAAUGGAGCUUAAAGAUUGAGCUUUUGUUUUAUUUAUUGUACUGUUUUGCACUUUGUGGCACAUUUCUCUGUUUGCUCUCAUAGAACAUAGAUGCAUUUUGUUCCUGUAUAUUUUAUUAAAAUGUGAUUGUAAAUAAAGGUAAAGAAAAAUG